UAUUCUUUUCAUAUUUCUCUUUUCUUCCUCUACAGGGAUCUAAGGUUCAACCAGAUCAGUGAGAUCCCGACCGGUUCGUUCAGAAACCUUCCUAAUGUCAGCACUUUACUCCUCAAUAACAACAACAUUAGAAGGAUUCACAGAGGAGCAUUCUCAGGCCUUAGACACCUCAAAUAUUUAUAUCUUUACAAAAAUAGGAUUGCUGACAUCGAGGAGAGGGCUUUUGAGGGGCUCAAUAAUUUGGAGCAGCUUUAUCUCUACUCCAAUCAACUCAAGAAAAUACCCCCUGGGACAUUUAGUAACCUUCCUUCGCUAGAAAGGCUGUUUUUGAACAAUAACAAUAUAUCCAUACUUGAACCAGGCACGUUCUACGGACUAGGGUCGUUAAAACGAUUGCGACUAGAUUCCAACCAGCUUAUAUGCAACUGUGGAUUACUGUCCCUCAUUCAGAUGUUAUCACAUGCGAGUCGUCAUAGAAACACGCAGGCUGCCGCAACUUGCCACUUCCCAGAGAACCUGCGAGGGCGCAAUUUGGUCGACUUGACCCCCGAGGAGCUCAACUGUCAGCGACCUCAUUUUGUUGUAGAGCCUCACAAUGUAGAUGCCACAGAAGGAAACAAUGUGUACUUCAGCUGCAGAGCUAUGGGUGACCCUGAACCUGAGAUUGUAUGGCUUCAUGAUAGUAAAGAAAUUCUACCAAACCGAGGGAUUGACCACAAGUAUAACAUUCUCGAUGACGGUACAUUGAUGAUCCAGAAUGCUAGCGGUGAUGAUGAAGGGCAGUAUGAGUGCAUGGCCAGGAAUGCGCUAGGAGAGGUCAAGACCCAACCGGUCAGUCUACGCUACUUUGGAGCUCCAAGAGCACCAGUCUUCACGUUUGUCCCUGAGGAUGUAGAGUUCCGUGAGAGUACCUCUGCCGUGAUCCACUGCGCUGCCAAUGGCUACCCCCUCCCUAGGAUCUCCUGGACCAAGGAGGGGGCCAACGUGGUGGAGAACACAAGGUUUCGGAUCCUGUCUACUGGGUCGCUUCACAUCUCAAACACUCACUUCUCAGAUGCGGGUGAUUACCGGUGUGAUGCGACCAACAGCCUGGAUACGCUCUCAGCUACCGCUACACUCAGUGUCUUAGUGCCUCCAACCUUUGAACUUGCACCACAGCCCCAGUCAGCUAUAGAGGGUAGCACAGUAGAACUUCACUGCCGUCCGCAAGGUUAUCCACUACCUGUCAUUCAGUGGAGGAAAGAUUCCACCUCUCUACCAGAUGACAGGAAGUUCCUGAUCCUAGCGUCAGGGACGUUGAGGAUCAUCCGUGUAUCUCAAGAGGAUGCUGGUAACUAUGAAUGUAUAGCAGUCAACAAGGCGGGUCAGAGACAGAGUAUGGCCCAGGUGGAGAUCAGAGCUAGAGUCCCACCCGUAUUCAACCAAUCACCAAGUGACUUGACGGUGGUUGCUGGGGCUACCAUUCGCCUGCCCUGCUCCGCCUCCGGGGAUCCCGAGCCACUCAUCACUUGGACUAAAGAUGGAGUCCAGAUCACAGAGAGUGCAAAGUUCUCUAUCAGCGAGGCGGGUCAUCUGGCCAUCCAUGAUGUCGGUGUGGACGAUGACGGACGUUACGAGUGUGCGGCUAGAAACACUAUUGGUUAUGCUUCUACAGAUAUGGAGCUGACAGUUAAUGUUUCCAUCGGUACAUCUCGUGAGGGUGAUAGCUUCGUCAACUCGGCCAUAGCGGAAGCAAUCCGCAACAUCGACGCAGCCAUCAACGAGACCAAUCGCAACCUGCUGGACGGGAAGAAGCCACGUACGCCGCAUGACCUUCUGACCCUGUUCAGAUUCCCAUCCAUCGAGGCAAUGAGUAUCGCGAGGGCAGCGGAGGUUUUUGAGAGAACGCUGGAGCUGAUUCAUAAUCAUAUUGAAGCUGGAAUGCAAGUUAAUCUUACAGGAAUAGAUUUCACAUAUAAUGACCUGGUUUCACCUCGCUUCCUCAAUCUCAUCUCCAAUCUCUCCCAGUGCACCGCCCACACGAAAAUCACCAACUGUUCCGACGUCUGUUUCCACAAAAAAUACCGUACUUACGACGGAACCUGCAACAAUCUUCAGCACCCUGAAUGGGGCGCAUCGCUCACUCCUUUCAAACGACUCUUAAAACCGAUUUAUGAAAACGGGUUUAACACGCCUGUUGGCUGGAAUACAACACAUCAGUACAAUGGUUUUACAAAGCCAAGCGCAAGGGGGGUUUCGUCAGGGGUUGUCUCUGCGGCGGAAAUAACUUCACAUAAGGAUUACACACAUAUGCUCAUGCAGUGGGGUCAGUUCCUGGACCAUGAUAUGGACUUCACGGUGACGAGUUUGAGUCGUGCUCGGUUCAGCGAUGGUGUAGAAUGCAAGGAUACGUGUGACAAUCAGGUUCCUUGUUUCCCUAUUCAGGUUCCAGAGGGCGACAGACGGAUCCAUCGUACGCAAUGUAUCGAGUUCACCCGAUCAAGCGCGGUGUGCGGCAGCGGAAGCACUUCAGUGUUCUUCAAUAGGAUCAUGCCUAGGGAACAAAUCAAUCAAAUCACAUCCUACAUUGAUGCCUCUAACGUGUACGGCAGUCAUAAAGAACUAACAGAUAAUCUAAGAGACUUGAAUAAUGAUUACGGUAGGCUUAAGGUAGGAUUACAGAUGGGCUCAGGGCGUUUCCUGCUACCGUACAAUCGUGACACCCCGAUUGAUUGUGAUCGUGAUGAAGACGAGAGCCCUAUUCCUUGUUUCCUUGCGGGAGAUUUCCGAGCAAAUGAACAAUUAGGUUUGCUUUCCUUGCAUACAGUCUGGAUGAGGGAGCAUAAUCGUAUCGCUCAGAAACUGCGUGAAGUCAACACCCACUGGACUGGGGAAAACGUUUUCCAGGAAACACGUAAGAUCAUUGGAGCAGCCAUGCAGCAUAUAACAUACACCAGUUGGCUUCCUAAAGUCCUUGGACCAAGAGGAAUGGAGAUGAUUGGAAAGUAUGAGGGUUACAACCCUAACACGGAUGCAGCUAUUUUCAAUGCAUUUGCAACAGCUGCCUUCCGCUUCGGUCACAGCCUUGUUCAGCCAAUCGUGAAGCGCCUCAACUCCACCUUCCAGCCCAUCUCCCAUGGCAACCUCCCCCUCCAUCGAGCGUUCUUCUCUCCGUACCGCAUCGUCGAUCAAGGUGGCAUUGACCCAGUCCUGAGAGGUCUCUUUGGAUCUGCGAUGAAGAAACCAGAUCCAUCAGAGAUGGUUAAUACUGAGCUAACAGAACACCUAUUUGAGAUGGUACAUGAGAUCGCUCUGGAUCUUGCCGCUAUAAACAUCCAACGAGGGCGUGACCAUGCGUUGCCGGGUUACAACGACUAUCGUGUACUAUGCAACAUGACCGCUGCCCGAACAUUCAACGAUAUCAGCUCAGAGAUAGGAAAUCCAGAGGUUAGGAGGAAGUUAGAAGAACUCUACGGUCAUCCAGGGAAUAUUGACUUGUUUGUUGGAGGACUGGCUGAGGAUCAUCUAGAGGGCGGUCUUCUAGGACCAACCUUUACUUGUCUGCUAGCUAAACAGUUCCAUCGGCUUAGGGAAGGAGAUAGGUUCUGGUAUGAGAAUCCCGGAGUGUUCUCUCCAGAGCAGCUGACUCAGAUCAAGCAGAUCUCCCUGGCUAGAGUUCUCUGUGACAAUGGAGAUUCCAUAGACCGGGUGAACCAAGAUGUCUUCCUACUGGCAGACUACCCAACAGGAUACAAGAAGUGUAGCAGUGUCCCAUCCAUGGAUCUUAGACUGUGGGCCGAAUGCUCAGAAGGUGCUGCUCUUGCAGGUACUUUCAGUCGAUCACGUCGGUCAGUACCCACCUACAGUCAACCAGCCCCUAAGGCGGCUGGAUCACAGAAAGCCAUACCCAAGGAUCCCAGCAGACGACAGAAGUUUGUUGAAGUAGAGAUUGAUGCUGUGGAAACAAUAGAGGGCACUACACAGGAGGAACAGACCGUUUCGCUAGAGACACAGGUUACAGAGAUGCGAGCUCAGAUGAGAGAAAUGCAAGCUUCGAUUGAUGAAUUACAAAAACAGGUUCAACUACUAGAACGUGGCAGGAGAGGAAAACGGCACAGAAAUUGACCUCGCCUGAACUAGCUGUGACCUUUGACAUUUGAUUCCGGUCGCCCCAGUCAUGGUCCGGUCGCACGCCCAGCAGUGGUUUACGGCAGGUCACUAUGUUUGACAGACUCUGUGUGUACCUUCAUCUACCUGUACUGCAAGUUGCUUUAAGAUAACUCAAGUGAUGAAUUGAGUUAGGAUCCUUAACGUGCCUUGUUAAUGGGUCUAUUUUAUUUUUUACUUUGCAGUGAUGGACACGGUGCUAAAGAGCGAUUAUGUUUCUUAGCAACCAUUCUCUAGAUUCCUGUGUGUUGUUGUAAAUCAUUCACUCUGAUAGCUAUGCUGACUUUUAUCUUUCUCUCUAAUAUACCAAGACCUUUUUAACGAAUAAUUGAGUCUUUUAAAAAAAAAUCUUAAAUAUUCAUGAACAGUACAACUGUAUGGUAAUAUCUCAUUGAGGCAUUUGACAAUUGUAUAAAAGCUUAAACAAUUUUAUCAUGUAAUAAAUAAUGUAAUUUUUUAUUAUUAAUAUGAUAAUUAUUGUAUCAGAGACUUUUUACAUGUUAAAGUGUACAAUAUGCCAAUAAUUUCCACUUUUUAAGAAGUUGCAAGUUCUAUGAUGACACUGUAUAUUUAUCAAUGUACCCUUGUUCUUUGUAAUAAUAUUUCCAUUUUUAACAAAUAGCAAAUUAUUGUUUUUAGCUCACAAUACUCAAUUAGAAUAAAAACUCCUUGAAAAAGUACUUUCUUUUUGCAUAUGUAAAUGAGUUUUUUUUUAAAUUUCAAAACAUUUUGUAACUUUCACUUUUCUUUCCUUGUUUACCGAGUCAUUCGUAUUUCACUUUUGCAUACACAUAUUUAUUUUUCAUCACUUAGUUAUUUAUCUAAUUUGUAUUUUAAUGUUUUCAGUUCAUUCUUUACUUGUAGAUAGCACUUUUUAUGCCAUUAUUAAGGACAAUCACAUUUCUGAUACCCUGGUCUAGCACUUAAAACCUAAUGGCAUUAAUGCUUAAACUCUUGUUCUAGCUUCAUGACAAUGAUUCUGCUUACGUUAUUAGAAAUUACUGUUAUUAAUUAGCAGCAUUCUCAUGAACGUGCACAGACAUUCAAAUUGGCAAUGCAAAACUGCACUAGGCUCAUACACUGUCAGCCCUACAUCUUUUUCAGGGGUAGAAAAACUAUAGCUUCAGUAUUUGACAGUUGAUGAAGUAGGGUUUUAAGACAGACAGACAGACAGACAGACAGACCAAGUAGCAGAAAGUGUACAUUUUUCAAGUAUAGAGGAUCAGCAAUGAAUAAUUUGCUCGUUAGAAUAACCUCAAAAAAUAUAUUUAUCUCAAUAAUCUUUUUGUACUUAUGUGAAAAACUGGAAAGUCGAACGUAAAUGGUGCUAAACAUAUCUUUGUGUACAUUACCAUUGUAUUAUAACUACUUACAUGUAAGAAAAACUGUGUGUUUUGUUGGGUUCAAUUUUGAUAAGAAGAUGCAAUGCUAUCGUUAAAUAAGUGUCAUUGUGCACACCCUCUUAAAAGUGCUCUUUGACUAUUUAGGCCUAUAUUUUUUUGUAUUUCUGUAUAGAGAUAAAAUUUGUACUUGAAACAUAUCUCUAUUUUUAACCUUCCCUUGUUUUGCAAGAAUCUGCAUCUUAAUUAAUAAAUUCAUGGCUAUAUACAUGAAAACUAUGUUACACACGUAUGAGUACAGAUGUAUGUAAUAUUUAACAUGUUAUAUCAGAUAUUUUUUCUUUCAAUUGUACUGCAAAUCCUCUUUUAAAUUAGUAGCAGAAAUUUGUAAAGAAAUUUACCCCAAAUCUGUUAUUUUUUAUCAUGACUAUGUGUAUAACUUGUAACUUGUAAGCAAGUAAUAAGUAGCAUAUUUGGCAUGAAUGAUUUAUUGUGUCUUAGUAUUUUGAAGUGAUUUUUAUACCCUUUAAUUCUAUUUUCUAAUUUAAAAAACAAACAAAGCUGCAAAGGGUUUUGAUUUUUUUCUUCAAAUUAAACCUGAUUUGCUCUAUACUUGUAUUAUAACAAUGAACUGCCGGACAGAGAAUUUUGUCACUAUUUUUUUCAUAUUUUCUUUUAAGAAUGUACUACCUUGUGAACCUAAACUAUUUAUGUGUAUUUUCAUGGAUACUUAUGUUUUAUAUAUUUGGAACUAUUUUACCACUACAAUUCAACUAGCUGAGUUUGAUUUACUAGACUAUAUGAGAUUGGCUUUCACUCUGCCCAUGAACACACAAUCCUUGAUGAUUUUUAUCAUUGGUAAUUAUCCUUGUGUUGUGUUUUGGCACGUAAAGUUCAUUACUUUUAUUUUUCAUCGUUUUAUGUAUACUUCUGCUGCAUGCAUACUCAGGGAAGUUUUCAAAUAAACUUCAACAUUUCAAUUUAGUUCAUUCUUCUGCAAUGACGUUCAUUUUUAACGUUUAUCAUACAAUGCUUUUAAAAAGAAUAUACAGUAUUGCUCAUGCUUGUUGUGGAAAUUGGGUAACGUGUAUGCCAGUCAAACAUUUCCCUUCAUUGAUCUAUGUAUUAAAAUUAGUCGAUUAAAACUUCUGUAUGUUUAGAUAACCUUUUCAAGAUAUCUUAUAUCUGAUAUUUUAUACAGCCGGUGUGUGACGUUCCAUUGAGACACAAAUGUCAAAGGUUUCCCUUAAAGGGCACUGCAACCUUUGUAAUAAGUUCAUUUGUAUGAAAGCAGAAAACUAAGAGAAACAGAAUAGUAUAAGUUUGACAUAAAAUGGACCAAUAAUGAGUCAUGAAUGUUUGAAAUUAGAGAUCACUAUUGCCUUCUCCCUUGGGACACUACUCAAAAUACAUUAUGGAUAGAAUAUUAGUAUAGGUUCUCUAAAAAAGAAAAGACACUCCUAAGUCAAACAUUUUGAACAAUUUAAUUUAAGUCAUUUUGUGUGUGGGGAUAGGAACUAUGUCUGGCAAAUUCCCAGAUACAUAGUGAUUACAACUUCCAAAAAAAUUAAAAACUUAAAUUUUUUUGUCCGAUUUCUAUAAACUUUAACCUGUCUGAUUCUCUGAAUUUUCUGCUCUCUUUUUAUACAGUACCGGUAGUUUGCUUUGAAGGUUGGAUUUCUCUUCAAAGAAACCUCACACAUAAAUUCAUGUAUCUCAAUUAAAGAGAAGUGUUAUUGUUUUGUAAAGCUCUUUUGUACGCUCUGAAGAUGGUGCUAGACGCUGACAUUUUGGGUCAGUUUGAUGAUGUUUUGAUAAUCAUUGUGGAGAAGCAAUCGAUACUUUAUGUAUUACUCGCCGUCUUCCUUUAAUAUCAAUCAUGUGUCAAUCUUUGUUUAUUUAAUUUCUUAUUAAGCAUUUAAUUUUUGAUUAUCAUGUCAUGAAAACAUACUAAAAUAUGCCACAGUUAAUAGGAUGGGACAGUAAUCUAAGGGGGUCUAUUUAAUUUCUUCAUUUCAUUUUAAGAAUUCCACCCCUGCUUAUUUGAGCUGGUUCCAUCGUUUUGACUCUGUUUUUUUUUGUUGUUGUCUAAUAAUAACUCUUUCUGUUCUUUAUAGUGUUGUAACUCGAUCUUUAUCUGUUGAUAAAGUGGGUGAUGAAGUAUUGGUUUAUAUAACAUGGAUUAGAAUGGGUGGUAUAAGUACAUGUUCACUUAAUAUGCUGCCUUCUAAAGUGUGAGUAGGAAUAUCUAACAAUCCUCAUUAACAAUCAUUGAGCUACAUUUGCCACUCUCCACCCAGGUGUUGUAAAUGGCUACGUGGAUGUCUGGAUGAUCUAAUAAGGCAUCAUAACUUUUGUGCAACAUGAAAUAUAAACAUGUAAUACACUCAUCAUUAUCUCUUUUAUUUCUCUACAUCUGUUGCAUAAUUGAUUUUGACAUGAUCAUACUGUUAACUAACGACUCUUGAUACCAUGAUAUAUGUUUGUAUUAUUUGUAGAAAGUCGUAAAAUAUUAAAAACACAAAGAAAACAAAA